AUGGUCAGCGCACAAAUACCUCUCUCCUUUCCAGCGGCCCAGUUCGUCCUUUUUGUCUUUGUGGCUUCCACCAUAUUUCACUUGCAGCAGCGGCUGAUGAAGGUUCAGUCCUCAUGGGAGUUGGAGAGUCUGCCUCAGAUUUCCCUGGACAUUCAGGGCUCCACUGGCCCCCAGUUCAAGGGUAUAUGGACAGUCAACGUCCAAGGCCGUCUGGGGAACCAGAUGGGUGAGUACGCCACGCUGUACGCCCUGGCCAAGAUGAACAAACAGGCUGCAUACAUCUCCCCCCAGAUGCAUAACACGCUUGCACCCAUCUUCAAGAUCACCCUACCUGUCCUGCAUAACGUCGUGGCCGACAGGAUCCCGUGGACUAACUACCACCUGAACGACUGGAUGGAGGAACAGUACCGCCAUAUCCCGGAGCCCUACGUCCGCCUCACAGGCUACCCCUGCUCCUGGACCUUCUACCACCACCUGCGCCAUGAGAUUCUUCGAGAAUUCACCCUGCAUGACCACGUGAGGCAGGAGGCUCAGACUUUUCUCCAUGGCCUACAGGUCAAUGGUCACCGGCCUUCCACCUAUGUGGGUGUCCACGUCCGCCGGGGGGACUAUGUCCAUGUCAUGCCGAAUGUUUGGAAGGGUGUGGUGGCGGACCGGCAUUACCUCAAACAGGCCCUGGACUGGUUUCGGGAGCGCCACGAGUCCCCAAUUUUUGUGGUCACCAGCAACGGCAUGGCAUGGUGUCGGGAGAAUAUUGACAACUCCCGGGGGGACGUGGUCUUCGCUGGCGACGGGGUUGAGGGCUCGCCUGCCAAGGACUUUGCUCUGCUCAUACAGUGUAACCACACCAUCAUGACCAUAGGGACCUUCGGGAUCUGGGCCGCCUACCUCACAGGGGGACAAACCAUCUACCUGGCCAACUACACCCUCCCAGACUCUCCCUUCCUCAAAAUCUUCAAGCCAGAGGCCGCUUUCCUGCCAGAGUGGGUGGGGAUCAAUGCUGACCUGUCCCCGCUCCUCAAACAAUGA